AGCAAGAAAAAGCUCUGCUCAGGAAGUCUGUGGGCUGAGCCGUCCCGGUCUCCAGGCGGGUCUGCACCCAACGGUGUGUUCAGCCACCCCGUUGCCUACACACCUCAUGUUCCGGACGCGGCGAGCCAGCCUGGUUCAGCGGCUCUGGAGGCUGCGUUGCGCGACGGCCCCCGGCCUGGACGACAGCCACGGGGCGGCCCUGAAACCGGCGGCCCAUGCCCUCUUCAAGAAGCUGAAGGACUGGGAGCUGGAGCUGCUGCUGCAGGCGGUGGAGAGCAGGGGGGCCAGCGAGUCGGGCUGCCUCUGGGUCGAGCCGAGGGGCCCCAAGCCUAGCCUCUCCGCCUCGCUGCUCCUCUGCCGCCUCUACCGCUGGCCUGACCUGCGCCACUCGCACGAGCUCAAGCGCCUGAGCUGCUGCCAGAGCGCCGGGGGCGAGGGCACCGUCCACUGCUGCAACCCGCAUCACCUCAGCCGGAUCGCCGCACCGGAAACUCCCCCACCGCCUUACUUCAAGAUCUCUCCCUUGGUCAUACCUCUGAAGUGCACCAAUACUGUGGACAACAACCGUAAAAUACGGCAAGACACCAGCGUCUCUCAGCGCUCCCUCAGAGAUGGCUACUGGUGCAGGCUGGCGUACUGGGAAUACCGCUUGCGAGUGGGGAGACUCUACCCUGUGCAGAACGACUCCGUGAACGUCUUCUCUGACCUCCCAGCAGGCAGCGGUUUCUGCCUGGCUCAGCUGACGCCGAGGAGCCGUAGCCAGGCCGUCCAGCGGGCACGGGGCAAGAUCGGCCAAGGGCUGGUGCUGAGCCAAGAAGCCGGCAGCGUCUGGGCCUACAACCGCAGCGAGCACCCCCUGUUCGUCAGCUCCCCCACCCUGGGGCCUCUGGGCAGCCCAGUGGUGCACAAGGUCCUGCCUGGCUUCUCCAUCAAGGUCUUCGACUUCGAGCAUGCAGGCAACCUGGCUGGGUGGCAAGGCCUGAGCGACGGGCCCUGUGACAUCCAUACCGUCCGGAUCAGCUUCACCAAAGGCUGGGGACCACGCUACUCCCGCCGUUUCAUCACUUCCUGCCCCUGCUGGCUGGAAGUUUUGUUAAACACCCCCGGGUGAAAACCGGGUGGGGAGAAGUUAGGGGGGGCGGGGGGGGCGCAGAUUUUGUUUUCCUCCUCUCUGACCCCUGGGAAGUUCGGGAAACCUUUUUCCCAGGAUGCUCCCACGGGCGUAUGUGAAUAUCUGUUUCUUUAUAAACAUACAGGUUGAGAAAGUAGCACUGGAGCAAGCCAGCCAAUCCAUAUAUACAGGUAGGUUGAAAAGACAGUGUAGGAGCAAGCAAGUGCAUAACAUAUAGGUUGAGAAGGCAGCAUAGGUGCAAACAGGAGGAUAAAUAUAGAGGUUGAGAAGGUAGUAGAGAAGCGAACAAUUCUGCAGGGUGAGACGGGAGCAUAGGCGUCAAAGAAGCGAAGGGUUCUACAAGUUGAGAAGGAAGCAUAGGAGUGGAAAAAGUGAAUACAUCUGCAAGGAAGCAUAGGGGUUACAAAACAAAGACAGUUAGUUACAGUUUCAAGGCAGAAUAAAAAGCAGGUUCUGGAAACUCAGAUAACCCUGGACUACUUCUUCAAGCAUGUCUACACUACACAUGUCAACCAGUUGUUGUUGUUUUGUUUUGUUUUGUUUUGACAAACUAGUUUAAGUCUCAUAGCUCCACUUGAAGACCUGUAGGAAUUGCAGUUAUCUAAAAUGGACAGGGGCAGUUCCACAAAACUAUAAGCUUCCUCCCACAGACGUUUUAAGUUAAACAAGUUUCAGUGGGUAGCAAAAAAUAAUUUCAGGACAGAGAUUGCAACAGAGUUCAAAGCAACCUACCUUCACAACGCAGACAGGCAAAAACGUUGAGGGCUUUCUAAUUGACGGGAAAACAUGACUGGAAGACGCAUUCGCAGUUUAUACAGAUAUGAAGAGGGUAGAAAUCUGGGUCACAUGGUGAAAACCGUAGAUUCAGGACAGAUACAGGAAAGCACUCCAUCACACAACGCAAAAUGGAUUUGUGGAAUUUGCGCAGAAUGUUUGAGAGCCAUUGACAUAAAACUGUUUGGGAAAGGAUUACACUGAUUCAUGGAGGAGGAUUGGCCUAUCAGUAUUUAUGAAACAUGAUAGCUAAAUGGAACUUCCAUGUUCAGAGGCAGUAUAUCUGAGUAUUGCAUGCCAGGGACAAACAGCAGGGGGGCAGCCACGACUUUGCUGUUUUGCUUGUGUGCCUGCUGUUGAGAAGAGAACUCUGGAGCAAAACAGCCUCUGGCUGGCUUCACACAGAGAAAAUCGUUUAUAUGUAGGACAAAGGAAAGAAAGAAGAGAGAGAGAGAGAGAAAACUGAGAGAGUGGGAAAGGCUAAGCAAAUGUUGGUGUUAUGGCCACUUGUGCUGUCCAGAUCCCUUGGAUCAAUAGCAUUACAGUAAAUUCGCAGUCGGCUGGGACUUUUGGAAGGGGUUUGCUAUUUGCACGAAGCAUUUAUUUGUAGUAUUCUAGCUCUUAUGCACAGCUUUAAUGGUGACACAAUCCCUUACCAGAAGAGAGACGCAGUCUAUGGACUAGAAUGGGGACCAGGGAGGUGAGGAGGAAGGCAGGAGAGGUGGAGAGGUCUUGGCUAAAAACAGGGACUUGGAGGAGGGUGUUGAAGGAGGAGGAGAGUGAAGUGAUGAGUGGAAGGAAAACACGAAGGGAGUACGCUGAAGUUAUGCUAUAACAAGUACAGAGGUGUCAUAAUACAUUUCUUAGGACCAACUAAAAACCACAAUGUAGUGAGCAAGCUUUUGAGUGACACAGAACUCUGCUUCAGGCUGGAUUAAAAAUGUAAAUAAAAGACAGGGGCAGAAAAUAAGCUAUCGCCGGUGCAAGCUAUAGUCGAAGCCUCCUUAAAAUGGGAUAGAAUCCCUAGUCUUACGUAGCCUUUGCAGGCAAAGACUGCACACUUUCUCAGGAGUAAGCCCCACUGAACUCAGUGGGACGUACUUAUAAAUACGGGAAAGGCUGUGCGCUGCAGUUAGGUUAGAGAUGAUGCCCCAUGUGAAAAAUGUCAGGUUGCACCCAGGCAUGUUGGGAUACAGAAACAACAGCCGAAUCAGAGUUUGGUCACAUAAUUUUGUUUGUUUGUUUUUUGGCAGGGAGGGGGGAAUGAAAGUUCUUUCCACGUUCAAAGGCUUGCUCUUGGAUAUAUCUGAGAUUAAACCAUAAACAUGUAUCGUAUUUCAAAACUGCUUCUCACGAUGCCUUUUUAAGAACCUUGUCAUCAUGAAAGUGACGCCAAUACAGGGCAAAGAAAGAGUC